AUGUACUUCCGCGCCACUUUCCUCGCCACCGUCCUGGCCGCAACUAGCGUCCUCGGCGCUGCCAUCGACCCUUCCAAGAUCGGCUCCUCCUCGCUCAGCCGGCGGCAGCAGUUCCAGCAAAAGACGUACAACGAGAUCUCCAUCUCGGGCGGCACCGCGGGCAACGCCGAGGCCGAGGCCGAGGCCGUCUUCGCGUCGCUCAACCUCAACGACCUGGCCAACGCGAGCGAGGACGACAAGGACUUCCUCAACAGCGUCAACAAGAUCUGCAACCAGGCCGAGAAGGGCGCGUUCAACCCGGCCAUCGCGGCGGCCAGCGGCGCCGAGGCCGCCGCCCUGCAGGCCGGCAAGAUCAAGAACAAGGUGCUCAAGCUCAAGGCCACGCUGCUGCUGCUGUCCAUCAAGGAGGCCCAGGGCGAGGACGUCGCCGCCGACAUUGCCGCCGAGACCAAGAAGUUCAACAACAACAUCAAGCAGGAUCAGGACGCCGCGGGCGACCCGUCGACGUUCCUCCCAUUCGAUGCUAGCACCAAGGGCGGCAUCUAG